GAGAGAACGAGAGAGAGAGAGAGAGAGAGAGAGAGAGGAACUUGAGAGUUGUCGUCAGUUUAAGCCAGUCUUCAGUGAGAGAGCAGGGAGAGUGGAUCAUGCAGCUGAUAAACCUUCUCUUUAACCAUCAUCAUCAUCAUCAUCACAUGACUCCCACUCAGUCCAGUGAUGUCAGCCAACAACAGCUCUUCAUGGACCUCAUCUUCAGCAUCAGAGGAUCAGGACUACACCUGUGUUCGCUUCUACGUCUCCACCGCUUCCUUCUCUGUCCUCCUCUUCUUCAACCUCAUCAUCAACUGGACCAUUGUGGGUGAGGAGCGCCUCAGGACCUGUGCUCGGUACGUCCUGGUGUUCCACCUGCUGGUAUCAGCACUCAUCUACCUGGGCAUGAGCAGCGUCUUCUACUACCAGAUCCACCUCGUCUCUCGACCAGGACGCAGCACCUGCCUUUUCAUGGUCACAGUUCUCAUUAGCAGCGCCUCUAACACCCUCCUCACCCUCACCGUCAUGGCAGUGGACCGAUACUGUGCCGUGUGUCACCCAAUGCGCUACAGCGCCACCUGCACACCGGGCCACUGGCCUUGGCUUCUGGGCCUCCUCACUUGGCUCCUGGCCCUCCUUAUUCCACUCAGCCUGCUCCUGCAGCCAGACUCCUACUCCCAACACGAAGAGCACUGUGGGCCGGAUCAGCUGAGAGUCGGAGUGCCGCAGAAGAUGGUGUUCAUCAGUUGCUGCACGGCUCUGAUUUUGUACACCUACGUGCGGAUACUGAUGGAGGGCCGCAGGUUGGGGGUCCUCAAUAGGCGCAACCGCACUGGCCGCAGAACCAUUGCCUUGCACGGCACCCAGCUGGGGGUGUACAUCCUCCCCAACUUUGUCAACUUUGGUUUGACCACCCUACACCAACACGGACUGAUCCAGAGCCAGACCAAGGAGCUGUCGGCUGUGGUCAACUUCGCCUUCUUCAGUUUAGCCCAGUGCGUUGCGCCAAUUGUCUACGGUUUGCACAAACAAGAGCUGAUGGAUCAGCUCAGUCAAAGGUUCCCCUGCUGUUCCAGGUACUUGAAGAACGUCCUGGGCUGGACCAUGAGGGCCAGUUGGCAGUAUCCACAACACAGACAAAGAGAGAGAACGUUGACAGCCGUAACCAUCAUCUCCCAGGAGGUUCCUCAGACCCUUGCUGAGGAACAAGAGACCAGACCAGACUCAGACAGCACUUCCUCACAGGACUCACACUCAGGUCAAGGUGAUACGAACAAUGAAGGAUCAACAUGAGUAUUGCUGAAUACAAGACCCUGUAACGGAGGUUUACAGCCGAACUGAUUUUGGAUGGUUUUCAUGGUUUUUGACCUCUUCUACCAUCAAGAAAAGACACACUCACACGUGGAUUCUCAGACAGUGUGACUUCUGGAGGAUUGCCUAGUAUCCUAAAUGUGAACUUUUGCUUUUUUCUGGCUGGUCCAGAGUUUUUGAACCUCAGAAUUUCUGCACAUAGACAACAUAGAGUCUGAGUCAUUUGAAUGCAGUGGAAGAUUCUCACGUGUGCGUACACAUAUGCAAAGGUCUGGCUAUUAAAGCUCUGGUCUCGUU